AUGGCACCAAUUCAAAAAACCGGCGAAGCCGCAAAACCUGUUGUUAGUAAAGAAGAUUUAAAGACUGGCCAAAAAGUUGUAUAUCAUCCUGUUGGUGGGAGUAUGCAACUUACCGAAGGAAUUAUCAAAGGAAUUACUUUUGGACAUACUCAAAAGAAAGUUAAAGCAAGUAACGAAGAACCACGUAUAGUCAUUGAAAAUCUACAUACUCAUAAGGAAACCGAUCUACCCGAUAUAAAUAGUUAUGUCGACACUAUUUUACAAACAGUUUACGAUUAUGCAAAAAAAAACAUAAGCAAGGAUUCGAUAAAUCACAGAUCAGUGAUAUUUUCUUCAUUAAAUCCUGCAAUCUGCACUGCUUUAAAUUGGAAACAACCAAAUUAUGCGGUAUUUUUCAAAUCUUAUUGUGGAUAUGAAAGCGAAUCAUUGGAUCGUCAGAAAAAUAAUAAUGCCGAGGAAGAAAACAAAAUUAUUCCAAUUCGUCAAAUUCAUGAAUUAAAUAUUGAGCAGGAUAAACGUUGUACAUCGAUUAAAGAGGCAGUAAAAUUUGCUAAAAGUAAUAAUUUAUUAGGUGUCAUUUUUGAAGCUACAUUAUUGCUUCGUGUACCUUCAUUAAUAACGAAUAUUAAACAAUCUGGGUUAAUUUUAACAACCUUUGGAUCUUCAAAUAAUGAACCUCGUAAUAUAAAAAUACAAGAAAGAUAUGGUGUUGAUACAAUGGUGAUUGAUGGAGUUGUAAAACAUAAUGACUCAACACUUGUUAUAAGAAUAGUAUAUAAAGAUCCAACGGCGGCAGCUGAUCCAACAAAAGCGUAUUUGGAAGAGAAAUUAUCAUUAAGAGUACUUUUUCAAAAUGGAACAGUAAAUGCAAUCGACCUUGAUCUACAAAUUCCCUCUAUGAAUUAUGCCCUUGCUCAGUUACCAAUAGGAGUUAUCAGUCCUAUAAAAUUAUUUAGUAUUAGCCGUACUCGUAUAUUGGUAACUUACAUAAAUACCACUAAUGCAACUGAUGUCACAACCUAUGAAGAUUGGGGAAUGGUAAUUGACUUGAAUGGAAAUAUUAUUAGUAAACGCAAAUUUGGUGACUCGUAUAUUAAUAACGGAGUUUGGAACCCGUCACUGAUUGGUAGUGUAACACCAAAUAUCAAUGGAGAUAAAGGGUGGUUAUGGACUAGUUUUAUAAGAAAUACUUUUAGUCUAUCUUUUAAACAAUUCAACAUUGUUACUAAUGAAAUUGUUGAAUUGUCUGAAGGAAAAACUCCAAUCGCAUCAGACAUAUCAGGUGCUAUCUUUAGAUCGAUAGCAACAGCUGAAGAAGAUUAUGCAAUCAUAUUGGCAAACACUACUAAACCUGACAACAAUCCUGAUCCUUUAAAAAUUCGUGGUCAAAUGUUUAUUUUCAAUAUAGAAUACAAUACCACUGAUGUCAGCACACCUAAAUUUCUUUAUCAAAUACCAUUGGAUAAUAUAAUAUUUAAUAAUAUGAAAUGUGACAUCGAUUAUAUUGAAGUUGGUCAUAGUUGUAUUUUGACCUUAAACCAAACCAUAACUAGCACUACUACUCCACCACAAGCUCCCACUUCCAAGUUGUAUUAUAUCAGAGUUUCUUUUCUUUCAUCGGGUUCAGUUUCUGGGCUCGAUCCAAUAGAUCGUGUUAUACCAGCCGACGGUCUAAAUACAGUUUCAUGGAAUAUCCGAUCCUUACCGUACGGUGGAUUUCUGAUAGAUACACGUACGAUAAAUGCUACUGGUUCUUAUGCCAUUGGAUAUCUUUAUGAUGAUGUUAAAAAGGCCAGUUCGCCAUGGGAUUUUGGUCAAGCCAUCCAAGUAAAUGCUUUCGGUCGUAGUGCUCUUCUUGCAAAUAAUAGUGUAGUUCUUACUCAACCAGAAUUGCCUGUUCCACCGAUAGGUACAGUGAUAACACCUACUUCAGAUCGAUCAACGAAUAAUUUGAACCAAGUUAGCAUUACUUAUAGUGAUGAAGUUGAAUUAUCUGAAGGCGCUAUAUCAGUAUAUCUAGUUCAAGAUGGUGGCAACAACGUUCUUCGUCAGAAAGUUUUUGGCACUAAUACGAAAUAUUGUAAUAUAACUAGUAAUGCUUUAACGGUAACUUUCAAUAUAAUAUCAAGUACUUUUUCUCAACAAAGUAGCAAUUAUUAUAUCAAGGUGGAUAAUAAUUUUGUUCGAGAUAAAAAAACUCAAGAACCACUCUUGGGUAUCCAAGAAAACAUCUGGAAAAUUUCAACAGAUUCAGCCACCGGAUUACUACGAUUGACGAGCGAGGGUACAGCAGUUUUCGAAUCUCUUAAUAGUGAAGGUCAAAAGCGAUUCUUUAAUACAUUAGUUGAAGAACUUGCUAGCAUCGUUCCAAUUGACAAAAGUCGUUUGAGCUCAAAUGGCCGUACUCAAGUUGAUCCUUCAGUUUCACCGAAAAGACAAUUCUUAAUAUCUGUUGAUAUUGAACAAACCAAAGACAAAUCAUCUAGAAGUGUUGAGGGAGUUAUUGGAGAUUUAAAUGUAAUGAUUAGUGAGAGCGAUGCAACACCUAUUUCAUCCGGUACCGUCACAAAAUAUUUAGAUCCUGAUUAUGGACUUCAGGCAACACAAAAUUUAUGGGAAAGAAAUAAAUUAAAAUUUUUGGGAUUAUUUUUGGGACUCGCUGUUUUAGUCACACUUUUUUUAAUAGCACAAAGAAGAGAAAGCAAGGGAAGAAAUAUAGUAAUAUUACAACUUGGGCUUAUUAUUUCUGAUAUGGUUAUGGACGUUGUAUUUCUUAUUAAUAAUGGCAAACAGGUCGAAGUACUUUAUAUUCCAUGUGUGGUAUUUAUAACAGUACCAAUUGCCGUAAAUACUGUAUUGGCAUUUACCAUUAUAACGAAUGAAAAUUCAAGAGAAGUUUUUUAUAAAUGGUUUUCGGCGCAUGGAAAAGUAGCAUCCAUUUUCACAGUAUUGGCAGGAGCAGAUAUUGAUGCACUGACAAUCCUUCAAUCAAACUUGGCAGGAUUUGCUGCUUUCAAUGCACCAUUCUCCAAUGAUGCAAUAACAAAAAUAUUUUGGGGAGCAUGUGCUAAUAUUUUUUUAGAGGAUUUGCCGCAAGUUAUAGUUCAGGUUUUAUAUCAACAAAAAACUGUCUCAUAUGAUAUUGUUCCAUUAUUAACAUUAAUAUCAUCAUGUCUCAAUCUAACAAUCAAUAUAAUUGGUCGUGCAUAUAAUGCCACAAAUAGUCUCAAACGUAGACAUGAUACAACAGCAUCAUCAAGUUUUGAUGAUGAUUUUGGAAAUAUUUCUGAUAACAAAACAUUAGAAGAUCAAGAUCAACAGACACUGAAUAAAGAACUUCUGAUCGAUGAUCGUGAAACGAAAUCUGAUAGUAAUAAGAUGGGAUUUAAUGUUGUCAAAAGAUUAUUUAGAAAAUAA